AUGGCAGCAACCCCAGGGGCCCUGCCAGGAGUGCUGGCGCCCCUUGGGACUCUCCCAGGGACAGAUGCGCUCCCAAAGGACCGCCUAGGGGCGACGGCGCCCCAGGGGCUUCAUCGGGUGGCGGCGAUCCCAGGGGCCCUUCAAGGAGCGGGCACCCUAGGGGCUAUUCCAGGGACAGCGGUGCUCCCAAUUGCCCUCCCAGGGAAGGCGACACUCCAAGGGGCCCUCUCAGAGGUGGUAGCACAACCAGGGGACCUCCCAGGGACGGCGGCGACCCCAGGGGCCCUGCCAGGAGUGCUGGCGCCCCUUGGGACUCUCCCAGGGACAGAUGCGCUCCCAGAGGACCGCCUAGGGGCGACGGCGCCCCAGGGGCUUCAUCGACAUCCCAGAGGCGACGGCGCUGCCAGGGGUUCUCUCAGGGGUGGCGGCGAUCCCAGGGGCCCUUCAAGGAGCGGUGGCACCCUAGGGGCUAUUCCAGGGACAGCGGUGCUCCCAAUUGCCCUCCCAGGGAAGGCGACACUCCAAGGGGCCCUCUCAGAGGUGGUAGCACAACCAGGGGACCUCCCAGGGACGGCGGCGACCCCAGGGGCCCUGCCAGGAGUGCUGGCGCCCCUUGGGACUCUCCCAGGGACAGAUGCGCUCCCAGAGGACCGCCUAGGGGCGACGGCGCCCCAGGGGCUUCAUCGACAUCCCAGAGGCGACGGCGCUGCCAGGGGUUCUCUCAGGGGUGGCGGCGAUCCCAGGGGCCCUUCAAGGAGCGGUGGCACCCUAGGGGCUAUUCCAGGGACAGCGGUGCUCCCAAUUGCCCUCCCAGGGAAGGCGACACUCCAAGGGGCCCUCUCAGAGGUGGUAGCACAACCAGGGGACCUCCCAGGGACGGCGGCGACCCCAGGGGCCCUGCCAGGAGUGCUGGCGCCCCUUGGGACUCUCCCAGGGACAGAUGCGCUCCCAGAGGACCGCCUAGGGGCGACGGCGCCCCAGGGGCUUCAUCGUGGUGACAUCCCAGAGGCGACGGCGCUGCCAGGGGUUCUCUCAGGGGUGGCGGCGAUCCCACGGGCCCUUCAAGGAGCGGUGGCACCCUAG